GGGAGGAGAUACAAAAGGGAGGAACGGAGUGGAGAGGGAAGGAGUGAGACACAGUGAGGAGGUUUAGAAACAAGAGGGAAUCUUUGCCAGUGAUACAAGUGAAGACACGCGCGGCUUGUUUUUCUCUUGCGGCCACCGGCUGCGUUUUUAGCAAAGGGCUGGAAGUGCGGGGAGGAUGAGAGGAGGGCGGCGUUCACCAGCAGAGGUCAGGCAGGCAAAGAGAAGGGAAGCCGGCGGAUGUUUUUAAGAGUUUGCUUAUCUGACAGUGACAACAGGAUGAGAAUCUGAGCGAGGAGAGAAAAAGAUGGAGCGAGCAGAGAUACCUAUAGAGACCCUGAACACUUAGCCUGGUUGGUCCUAGAGGGGCAGACAGAGACAGAGACAGCGUCAUUAGUUCACUUUGCCUUUUUCUGUCCAAAGGAGCGAAAGAACUAGGCAAGGGAUCGUAACACUGGAGCUCAAGGAUAAACCAUGGACUCUGCAUACAUCCCACCACACCUGGACGUCCACCAUGCUCCCUGCUAACCUCCUGCUCCUCAUGGUCUUGCUGCUACCUCAAGCCUCGUCUGGCCGCCAGGGUGGAGAAUCCAGCGAGACCGACAAUGGCAGGGUGCCCCCGACCCCUUCGUCCCCGUCGCCCGCCGCAGCGCCGCCCGACCCCGGUCUGGCUCAGACCAUCCAGUCGCUCCUCCUGAGCCGACUGGGCCUGCAGUCCCAGCCGAACCCCAGGCCCGACGUGCCGGUGCCGCAGUACCUCCUCGACCUUUAUCGCUUCCACCAGCAGCAGUACCAUCUGCUGGAAGACCCGACGUUCAGCUUCCCCGGCCACCACAUCCAGCAGGCCAACACUAUUCGCAGCUUUCACCACAGUGAGCCCUUUGGAUAUGACACCAAAGUAAGAGAUCAGACAAGAGUGCACAUUAUCUUCAACAUCUCCUCCAUACCUCAAGAUGAAACGGUUCUCUCUGCUGAGCUUCGCCUGCUCCGCAGCCAGACGGCGUCCCCGGGCCCAGGGCCUCACAGAUUAAACCUGUACCUUUCUAAACACCAAGAGGAUCCUGAGCCCACGUUGCUUGAGACAAGACUACUCACCAGUGGCCUCCAUGGCAAUAAAGCCGGUGGUUUCUGGGAGGCAUUUAGCCUAAAUGCGGACCUCCUCCGUAAAGCCCAUGGUGGGACUGGCAGCUUGGGCUUUCUCCUGGAGGUCAGACCUGAAAACAGCACCACCUCACCUGACCAGAGCAACUCCUCUGCUACAGGUGAUAAUCAGACAGCGCAACACCAGGAGAGACACCUGAGGGUGUCCAGGUCUGUGGGACAGGACGAUCACAGCUGGGCCCAGGAGAGACCCCUCUUGGUGACUUACAGUCACGACGGCCAUGGAGAGCCUUUAGUCAAACACGGCAGGAGAACAUCUGGUAAAAGCAAGUGGGUUAAGGCUAGAAAAGGGUCCAACAUGAAGACCAAGAGAAGCGGCAAAGGUCACAACAGAGACCAAGCCUGGGGGAAGACCCGAAAAAUGGGUUACUCCAUGAAGAGCUGGGGGGACGACAAAGGGGAAGUAAGCUGGAGUGAUCGUGGGAGAGUGAAAAGAAACGGCAGUCCCGCUAAGCUGAAGCGGCUUUCCCGUGGCAGGUGCCGCCGUCACCCUCUACAUGUAGAUUUCAGAGAUGUGGGCUGGCACAAAUGGAUCAUCGCGCCGAGCGGCUAUGACGCCUUCUUCUGCCUGGGAGAGUGCCGUUACCCUCUGGCCGACCACAUGAAUGCCUCCAGCCACGCCGUGGUCCAAACCAUGGUAAACUCGGUGAACGGAGCGGUGCCCCGGGCCUGUUGCGUCCCGACCUCCCUCAGCCCCAUUGCCCUGCUUUACCUGGACAAUCACGACAGAGUCGUGUUAAAGAAUUACCAGGACAUGGUGGUGGAAAGCUGCGGCUGCUGGUAGAGGAGCCGGAGGGCUCGGACGCAGCGACUCUGACAAGGAAACAAAGAGGAGGCUGAAAGAACAGAAGGACGGGAGGGAAGAGGCCAGUCAGCUGCAAACAGACAGAGACUGAAAAAAACAGAAAUAUGAGCAGAGAGGAGGGUGAUGAUGGGAUAGAGAAGCUAAGUUAUUAUCAGGAGCAAACAGUGUUGACUGGAAGAGAGAGUUUAAAGCGUAAGAGUAUUUGAAAGAAAUAAUGUGCUACAUAUUGAUGACAGAAAUAAACUGCCAGGAGUGAUGCUCUAUUUUCCAUUUUGCAAUUUUGCAGCCGUUUACAUCAUUCACUGCCAGUCUGCUAGCUCCACUGUGAGAAGCCAAUGCUCUAACAUCGAAUGACAACAGAAGGUCUGCAUUAACGACAGCAACCUGUAGGAAAGCACAGGUGAAGGAAGGCAGCCGACCUGAGUAGAAACAGGAGUCGCUGACGGACAGAGAUGGAGACUCAAACUCUACAUCGAGCUGCAGAAACAGACUUCAGACUUGACACAAAACUCUCGCUGUAAAGACUUUAGACCCAGCUCGGACUCGAGGUCUGGUACUUUCCUUUGUGCAAUCAGAGGUGAAAAGAGUUGUGAGUCUUCUACGUUUCCAGAGUGUAACAUGUGCCAGUAACGGUAGCUUUCAAGUUUGUUGAGAUGUUCAUUUCAUCCUAGUAAAGGAUGCGGUUGAUUUAUUAACCAUCAUGAUUCAUAGACUGUGGGCUAUUAAUGGUUCAUAACAACCUAUUCAUGUUAGCUGUAGAUUCACGACAAUGGCAGAUUUUUUGUUUCGGGUUUUUUUUUUUACAAGUUAAAUCAAAAGUACUAAGCAGCAGAUCUUGAUUUUACCCCUCACCAGACCGCAUGCAUCUGCCCCCAAAGACUUGAAACCUGACACGGACUUGAGGCCAAAGACUUGUGGGUCAGCUUGUCGACAUCUCUGUCCUCAGGACACAUUUGAGCUCCUGUGCAUUUCAAGCAAUCCUAUGUACUUCUGCCUGACUUGACCUGAAUAAUCAACUGUAUUUGAAAUAAAUAUGACGACGGCACCAGCAUGUCAUUAAAGCCUUUGUGCUACAGUGUCUUAUCGGCGGUAUUUGAAUGAGAAGGAGGGUCCGUUUGUUUCUACGAAAGCUGAUAUCAAGAAUGUCUGUAGCAUACGAGCAACCACUACGUCACAAGCUAUUUAAAACAGUAAUGCUGAGGAAUUAAUAUGCUAUUAUUUGAAUGUAUUACUAUCAUUAUUAUUUAAAAAGAAAGAAUUUUGUAAAAGUUUUUUUUUUUUUUUUGCAAAAAUUUGUGUAAUGGUUGUCAUGAUUUUUACAUAAAACAGUGAACUUUAAGUUAAAAGACACAUUAUGUAUUUAAAGAAAGCAGCAGUAUGGUGUAUUUAAUCUAGAAAAUAUUUAAAAUACCUGCACUCAUCAGAGCAAACAUGGAAGCCUGCCAGCCACACAAAGUGCUUAAUGGUAGCUUUACAUCCCAACGAAUGUUCAGUAUAUUGAAAUUAACAGUGUUUGAAGCUUCACCCGCCUUUUGGUGUGCAACACAUGAUAGCAGACAUAUGUGAUAUUACCUCUAGAAACUGAACUAACACAUCAGCCGGAGGAAGCUCUGUGUGUUGUAGCAGCUGAAGUGUGUAACACAGGUGUCUUCGCUAUAGUUGUGUUUGCAUGUGUGCGAUGUGACGGUUAGUAAAAACUCUGGCCUUUAGUGCCUUUUAAAACAGGGGCUUUUAACGUGUUCUCUGCUGAGCUUUGUGUGUUUUACAGUGAUGCAUUUUCCUCUAUGAACGGAAACAUUUCAGCAAGAGCUUGUAAAAUGUUUGCCAAUAUACCUCUAAUAAACAGACCAAGCAGAA